AUUAAUCCACAGGCUCCUCUCCAACCUCAUGAAUCACACACACACACACACAUAUAUAUGUGCAUAUUAUAAAGUAAAAAUAAAUCUGCUUCAGACAACAAUAUCAGCUCCCUUUUCUUCCAGAUCAUAAGUUUUUUGGUGGACCCUUUUCAGCAGUAAAAAAUAAUUAAAAAUCACAAGGGUUUUGUCACUUGAUCACUGGAGCCCACCUAGGGUUUGUCCAAUCACACACAUAUAUGGAGAAAGAAGGAAAUUACAUGGAAAAUUUCCCUGGACUUGACUAUGAGCUUCACAACCAUCAUCAACAACAACAACAAGAUUCAAUCAAUCAAGAAAUGGGAGCAAUACCACUUAUAUCAUCAUCCAACUUCUGCGGGUCGAAUUCGUUCGACAAGCUGAGCUUUGCAGAUGUGAUGCAGUUUGCCGACUUCGGCCCUAAACUAGGGCUGAAUCAAGGCAAGGCGCCCGAGGAAGAAGACGGAUUCUUCCUCAAGCUGCAGCAAGAUGAUGACGAGAGCCACCACCGCAUCUCCUUGAUCGCCUCUCAGGAGAGAGAGGAUGUAGAGAGAGAAGAGCAAGGGGUGGUGGGAGGUGGGGAAAAGAGCACUCAAGGAGAAGGGAAGAGCAAGAGGAAAAGGCCAAGAACUUCGAAGACUGUGGAAGAAGUUGAGAGCCAAAGAAUGACUCAUAUUGCUGUGGAGAGGAAUAGAAGGAAGCAAAUGAAUGAGCAUCUUCGUGUCUUGAGGUCUCUCAUGCCUAGCUCCUAUGUUCAAAGGGGUGAUCAAGCAUCUAUAAUUGGUGGAGCGAUUGAGUUUGUGAGGGAGCUGGAGCAGCUCCUCCAAUGCCUCGAGUCGCAGAAGAGGCGGAGGCUGUACGGAGAUGGGGCAAGGCCAGCUGGAGAUCCAUCCACGGCCGUGCAGCAGCCUCAGAUGCUAGCCAUUCCAAAUGAUGAAGAAACUGCAGGUCUUCGAGAAGAAACCGCGGAGAGCAAGUCAUUUUUAGCUGAUGUGGAGGUGAAGCUCUUAGGGUUUGAUGCUUUGAUCAAGAUUCUGUCGAGGAGAAGGCAUGGACAGCUCAUCCAAACCAUUGCUGCACUUGAAGAUUUGCAGCUCACUAUUCUGCAUACUAAUAUCACUACUAUUGAACAAACUGUUCUUUAUUCUUUCAAUAUCAAGAUCAAUGGGGAGGCAAGGUUCACAGCUGAAGAUCUGGCAAACUCAGUUCAACAAAUUUUCAGUUUUAUCCAUGCAAACAAUGGCAUAUGAAGUGAUAGAAGAUAUAAUAUGUAUAACUAUAUACAAAUAUAAUGUUUGUAUGAAUUUGUGCACCAAGAUAAUCAUAAAUCUAUGUGGUUUUGGGUUUUGUUCUCAUUA